UCAUAAAAAAAGAAGUAGUUGGCUUGAAACAUCAAUCUUUUCAUUUAAUGCAAUUCAUUACUCCGCCGUCUACCCCACCUUUCUCCUUUUUUCAUUCCUGGACCAUUUCAGAACGUCAAAAGAUUGAGGAAAGGAGGAGAUCAAAUCUCAUACGUGAGGUGCAGCUUAAAACUCGACAUGAAAAAUUGAAGAAAAACAGACAGUAUGCUGAAGCUACUUUGGAGAGAUUUAAGCGGAAUGAGGCAUUGACCAAAAAGGAGCUGGCUCAUUCCGAAAUAUUGAUCAUAAAUAAAGGAAGUAGUCCAGGCUUGAAACACAAAUCUUUUCAUUUAAUGCAAUUCAUUACUCCACCGUCUCCCCCACCUUUCUUCUUUCUUCAUUCCUGGACCAUUUCAGAACGUCAAAGGAUUGAGGAAAGGGUGAGAUCAAAUCUCAUACGUGAGGUGCAGCUCAAAACUCGACAUGAAAAAUUGAAGAAAAAUAGACAGAAUGCUGAAGCUACUUUGGAGAGAUUUAAGCGGAAUGAGGCAUUGGCCAAAAAGGAGCUGGCCUCAUUCCGAAAUAUUGAUCAUAAAUAAAGGAAGUAGUCCAGGCUUGAAACAUCAAUCUUUUCAUUUAAUGCAAUUCAUUACUCCGCCGUCUUCCCCACCUUCCUUCAUUCCUGGACCAUUUCAGAACGUCAAAGGAUUGAGGAAAGGAGGAGAUCAAAUCUCAUACGUGAGGUGCAGCUCAAAACUCGACAUGAAAAAUUGAAGGAAAACAGACAGUAGUAAGUGUUACCAAGUUAUUUCAUGUUUGUGUUUUUAUGUAUAUAUUUUUUUUCUUUUCAGUGCUGAAGCUACUUUGGAGAGAUUUAAGCGGAAUGAGGCAUUGGUCAAACAGGAGCUGGCCUCAUUCCGCUCCAAAAUGUGCAAAGAUGAGGCUGAGGCUAAAAGGAUGUUUGGCGAUGCUGUUAAGUUGUUUGAUUUGUUUGAUUUGUUUUUUUCAAUUUUUUCUAUUUAUGUUUGUUUUUUGUGUAUUUUGUUGGUUGUUCCUGUUAUCACUGUUUAUUUGUAAUCCAUAAAACAAUGAUACGUAGAAUGCAGCUUAAACUUAAAUAUAAGAAAAUGAAGAGAACAGUAAGUUCUAGUAAACAACAUGCUCAAGCAAGUUUGGAGAAAUUUUUGCGGAAUGAGGCAUUGGCCAAAAAGGAACUUGCCUCAUUCCACUCACAAAUGUUUAAUAAGGAUGAAGCGGAAGCAGUACGGAUAUUAAGCACCAUACACAUUUUUUUAUUCUAUUAAUAUUUUUCUUUUUCUUGUGUUUGUGGUUAUCCUGAUGUUUUUUUUUUGUUAUUGGUUUUUUACGUAAUCUGAUUCAACUGGCAUUGCCAACAUUGUAAAUAUAGACAUUGGUGAAGAUUA